GGCUCAUUGGAUUGGUCGCGGAGACAGAGCUGUUACAGAUGGGCCAGCGGAUUCAUUUACAAUGAAUAUACCGGCUCUUUAUAGUCAAAUGGCCACUUUUACGGCAGUUAUGAAUAUCAUCCGCCUGUUAUGGAUAGUGGCACCUAUAUGGGCUGUGGAAGAUGUUUUGAUGGACUCCACCACAGCGACGGCAGAGCUGGGCUGGACGAUAUACCCGUCAUUAGGGUGGGAGGAGGUGAGUGGCUAUGAUGAGAACAUGAACACCAUCCGGACCUACCAGGUGUGCAAUGUCUUUGACAGCAGCCAGAACAACUGGGUGCGCACCAAGUACAUCCGGCGACGCGGGGCCCAGCGCAUCCACGUGGAGAUGAAGUUCUCGGUGCGAGACUGCAGCAGCAUCCCCAACGUCCCCGGCUCCUGCAAGGAGACCUUCAACCUCUACUACUUCGAGGCCGACUCGGACACGGCCACUAAAGUCUACCCGGCCUGGAUGGAGAACCCCUGGAUUAAGGUGGACACCAUCGCUGCAGACGAGAGCUUCUCGCAGGUGGACCUGGGGGGACGCGUGAUGAAGAUCAACAGGGAGGUGCGCAGCUUCGGCCCGGUGUCUCGUAACGGCUUCUACCUGGCCUUUCAGGAUUACGGGGCCUGCAUGUCGCUCAUCGCUGUGCGGGUCUACUACAGGAAGUGCCCCCGUGUGGUGCGCAAUGGGGCUGUCUUCCCUGAGACUUUGUCUGGGGCUGAGAGCACUUCUCUGGUGGCAGCCAGGGGCACCUGUAUACCCAACGGAGAGGAGGUAGAUGUGCCCAUCAAACUGUACUGCAACGGAGAUGGAGAGUGGUUGGUUCCUAUUGGGCGCUGUAUGUGCAAAGCUGGGCAUGAAGCAGCGGAGAACGGCACCAUCUGCAGAGCAUGCCCCUCUGGAUUCUUCAAACCAUCCCAGGGAGACCAGCAGUGCCUGCAGUGUCCCAUGAACAGCCGCACCACCAACGAGGGAGCGACCAACUGCGUCUGCCGCAACGGCUACUACCGGACCGACUCGGAUCCAGUACAGAUGCCCUGCACAACCGUGCCCUCCGCCCCCCAGAGAGUGAUCUCCAGUGUGAACGAGACGUCGCUGAGGCUGGUGUGGAGUCCGCCGCGUGAGAGCGGCGGCCGCGAGGACGUCGUCUACAACGUUAUCUGUAAGAGCUGCGGUUCGGGCCGCGGGGCCUGCACACGGUGUGGGGACAACGUGCAGUUCGUCCCGAGGCAGCUGGGCCUGACCGAGCCCCAGGUCCACAUCAGUGAUCUGCUGGCCCACACGCAGUACACCUUCGAGAUCCAGGCCGUCAACGGCGUCUCCGACCAGAGCCCCUACUCACCACAGUUUGCCGCAGUGAACAUCACCACCAACCAAGCCGCUCCCUCUGUGGUGUCCAUCAUGCAUCAGGUCAGUAGAGCUAUUGACAGCAUCACUCUGUCCUGGUCACAACCAGACCAGCCCAAUGGAGUCAUCCUGGACUAUGAGCUGCAGUACUAUGAGAAGAACCUGGCGGAGUUGAACUCUUCAGUACUGAGGAGUCAGACUAACACAGCGGUGGUCCGGGGACUGAAGUCUGGGACCAUCUACGUGUUCCAGGUGCGAGCGCGGACAGUGGCGGGAUUUGGACGCUUCAGUGGGAAAAUGUAUUUCCAAACUAUGACUGAAGAGGAGUAUAACUCCAGCCUGCAGGAGAAGCUGCCUCUCAUCAUUGGCUCUGCUGCCGCUGGAUUUGUUUUUCUGGUCGCUGUCAUUGUGCUCGUUAUUGUCUGUAACCGGAGAGGCAGUGACAGAACCGACUCUGAAUACACAGACAAGCUCCAGCACUACACCAGCGGCCACAUGUCACCAGGAAUGAAGAUCUACAUAGAUCCUUUCACUUACGAAGACCCGAAUGAAGCAGUACGGGAGUUUGCCAAAGAGAUAGACAUGUCCUGUGUGAAGAUCGAACAGGUCAUUGGUGCAGGUGAGUUUGGGGAGGUGUGUAGUGGUAAUCUGCGGCUGCCUGGAAAGCGAGAGAUCCUGGUUGCCAUUAAGACUCUGAAAUCAGGCUACACUGAGAAGCAGAGGAGAGACUUCCUGAGCGAGGCCAGCAUCAUGGGUCAGUUUGACCACCCCAACAUCAUUCACCUAGAGGGGGUGGUCACCAAGAGCAGCCCGGUUAUGAUCAUCACAGAAUUCAUGGAGAACGGCUCCCUGGACUCAUUCCUUAGGCAAAACGAUGGGCAGUUUACUGUGAUUCAGCUGGUGGGCAUGUUGCGUGGCAUUGCAGCGGGGAUGAAGUAUCUGUGUGAUAUGAACUACGUGCACCGUGACCUGGCAGCUCGCAACAUCCUGGUCAACAGCAACCUGGUGUGCAAAGUGUCUGACUUUGGCCUCUCCCGCUUUCUGGAGGACGAUACAUCAGAUCCUACCUACACUAGUGCACUGGGAGGGAAGAUUCCUAUCCGAUGGACAGCUCCAGAAGCUAUUCAGUACAGGAAGUUCACCUCCUCCAGUGAUGUGUGGAGCUACGGCAUUGUCAUGUGGGAGGUCAUGUCCUAUGGAGAGAGACCAUACUGGGACAUGAGCAAUCAAGAUGUGAUCAAUGCCAUAGAGCAGGACUAUAGAUUACCUCCUCCUAUGGAUUGCCCCAACGCAUUACAUCAGCUAAUGCUGGACUGCUGGCAGAAGGACCGUAACAACCGGCCUAAAUUCAGCCAGAUCGUGAACACCCUGGAUAAAAUGAUCCGCAAUCCUAACAGCCUGAAGGCCACCACCCCCCUCUCUUCAGGCAUGCAUCUACCUCUGCUGGAUCGCAGCACUCCAGACUUCUCCAGCUUCAACUGUGUGGAUGAGUGGCUGGAUGCCAUUAAGAUGGGCCAGUACAAGGAGAACUUUGCCAACGAGGGCAUGACCUCCUUUGAUGCUGUUUCACAAAUGACAAUGGAGGACAUUCUGAGAGUGGGAGUCACUCUAGCUGGCCACCAGAAGAAGAUCUUCAACAGCGUGCAGAUGAUGCGGGCCCAGAUGAACCAGAUUCAGUCAGUGGAGGUUUGACCCUCAGAGGUGGAGGCUGGGGCUGAUGCUAAGGAAGCCCUCGCUCCACAGCCCACUCCUCCUCUCAGACUGAGACCGACUCCCUCCUCCGCCAGCCCUGGCUUCUGAGCGCAGCCCGGCGUCCUGUGGAGGCGUCCCCACUAGGGAAGGUCUCCACAAGGCACAAAGGCAACAAGGCAAGACAAGACCACCACUGCCCGCCCCCUGCCCCCCUGCAAACUACCAGCAGGCGAGACGGAGCUGGCCGAGGUUUAGGUCACGUAUCGGCCAGUGACGUCUCAGUACUCAGUCAUCGGUACUAGUCAUCAGAACCUCUUCACUGUUGUGUACUAUUGUGUGAUAUAUGCUGAUGUUGAAGCCAGUGGUGAUGAUUAUAAUAACGGCAAUUGGGGCGAAAGCAAGCAGCGGUAAAAAUGACUUUUUGUUAUUGUACUUAUUAUAAUCAUCACCAUUAGUUCAUAGGUUGGUUCAGUUUGAUCAAUGACUUGGGGAAUCUGUGCUGAUAGAUUGAAAGGUUACCCUUUAAAAGGGCAAUAAGUUAAAUGGAAUUAGCUCUCUCUCCUCUGGAGGUCUGCCAGUCUCCUGCCGAGACGUCGGUUCGUGACAAGAAGACAUGUACAGCAGCGCGAUACAGAAAAAGGCAGAGACAGAACACGAAACACGAAAGGACCCAAAUGGACCGUGGACUAAUGGCAAAAAAAUUAGCCUCUUAUACUUCUGUCACUGCCAUAUGGUUAAGAACAGUUCCAUGUGGCAGCUCAUUCCUGAGGGAGACCGUUGUAGAAACAGCGUGUGUGAAGAUUAGUGACAAACACAAGCUCGGAAAACUCUUUUUAAUAAAUAUCGUGGUGAAUAUUUUUUUUAUAUUUUUUUAUUUUCUCCAUGUUUUUGUUAUGUAUUUAUUUAUUUUGUAUUUUUUAACAUACACAGUCAUAACAUAAAGCGUUAUGCUCUUUCAUAACAGUCAAUUAACAUAGACACCCAUGCACACAUAUCAGAGGUGACACACUUACACAGCAAAUUUCUGGAGUUGGAAAAUCUGGAGUUCUCUAAGUUAGACUACAACUCGAGUUCAGGAGGACGGUUUGGCAUUAGAGUUUUUUUUACAAGGUUUUAAGGAGCCGAAUUUAACUCUCCUGGUGUUGGUCCACCUCCACUGUUUUGUUGUAAAUAAAAAAAAACAAUGAAAAAAAUUAUCUCCCCCAUAUUUUCAGUAAAUAUUUUCUAAAUUAAACAGCUGAGACACACAAAAUAUAAGGUAAUGUCUGCCUAAAAUGUCUUACUACUACUACUACUACUACAGUUUGUUUAUAAGUAUCUUUCCUUUUGGCUCAUGGCAUCUUUUAUUUGCAUACUGGGCAUCCCCCUCCCCCUCCCCUCACUCACCAUCAAUGUGUAGUAUCGCCCACCAAGAGGAAGAGCUAUAAUGUGAAAUAUUGGCACGUUAUAGCACAAGUAUAGCAUUGUGUAUUACUGCAAUUAUACCACAGUUCCAUUAUCGCUGUUUAUUAAAAGAUUUUGAGUUAAGGACAAUAAAAUACGAUCUGUUUAUAAAUAAAUAAAUAAUAAUAAAUAAAUCUGGUUAUAAAUACUCAGAAAGUUCCAAAAUAGUUCUAUUGCUGCUCUGUUCGGCUGGUAAGCGCAGCAUCGUUGCUAGUUUACCUGUAUGUGGCGGAGUAAUACAUGGGAGCUUCGGUUACAGUUACAGUGCAUUACUGGAACUCAUAGAUCGCUUCUUAGCCAAUCACAUUGCAGGGUCGGAACUAACUGUGGUAUAAUCAGUAAUACAGUAUUUUAUAUAGCCAUAGAGUUGUGGAUCAUAAGAGCAGGUUAUUUUUUCAAUGUAAUUCAAUGUAAAGUGUGAUUUUUUUUAUCAUUAACACAAGCUAACCUUCCACGAAUAAGCAAUAGUUCUUUUUUUGUUUAAGUAUUUAUUGAAUUCCCGAGGGUAAUCAGGCAACCCUGAUUGGCCAGAGUUAGGAGUGGAUAGGAUAAAGUGGAUAAAGAUGCCUAUUUUGCCAAUAAUUAAUGUAGCUUUUGUGAGAAUUUCAGUGAACUCCUGAUUCAAUGGUCCCACAUAUUUACACACAAAAUGAUUUGAUUGAAUACACGGAGAGUUUAUUCCAAAAGACAGAAUUUGCUGUGUAGCUUUCUGACUUCAUCACAGGCCUGAUUUUGUUUUGGUGUUCAUCAUUAUUGCUUUCUUUUUUUGAGUUACUAUACGUAGUCUGUGCACCUUAGUGACAAAGUAAAUGUUUGCCAUGAAAAUGUUUCAGCGGAUGACGAUGUUUCGCUAAUGUUUUGAUUGUUUGUAUUUUCUCUCUCUUCUGCCCUCUUCCCUCCAAUACACUCUCCUGUAUGUGUGUAAAUAUACAUGUAUAUAUCUAUUUUUUUUCUCUCUCUUCACAUAAAAUAGUGUCACUUUUUAAAUGGUGCAGCCAAGCGUGUGCUGUUGGCACGUGUGGAGGCAGCUAAUGAAACUGAAGGAGUACGAAAAGACUGAAAGGACUGAAAGGACCGGGGAUAGCCUUGAUGGGGACGGACCUUAAAACACUUCACAGAACACUUUGUUCGGUUCUUUUUUUAAUCUAUGUUUUAUAACGAUGAAACGAUGUUGUGAUUUUUAAUACCGAUAUGUACAUUACCUGGUCUAGUGCAGCAGCAGACUUCAUCUGCAUUCUAGUGGCGUGUUGAAGGUUUUACGGCAGUAUUAACAUGACAUGCUCACAAUUAUUUGAAAAGCAUCCUCAGCCGUGCUCGCAGGACUUUUGUAAUAGCUAGAUUUAGGUUUCCUUUUGGAGUAGUCUGGAUUUCAGCCGUCCUGAAUUUUACUAUGAUAUAUGAAUAUUACUGUGGAACUGAAUGGAGAUCGUCUGACUGGUUCCAUGCGUUUCAUUCACAGCAGUAAAAUUCCACUCCUUUUUUUAUUUCUGUCUGCUUGAAGAAAAUCGCUCUCUUAUUUGAAACGUACGCCCCCUUCCUGAAGAUAGAGGACGGUGCGUUCUUUGGUGCAGCUUGUUCAGGAGAAACUGGACAAACUUGGAAUUCAGUGCUUUUUUUCUUAAAUAUAUAAAGAUGAGAUGUUUUUACAAAGCUGUAUAACAUAGUCGCCACUGAUUACUGUAACAUUCUGUUCAGUCUGUAGAUUUGCUUCUUUUUUGACGCAACCCCAAAUCAGAAGAGGUUUGGACAGUAUGGACAAUAAAAAAAAAGAAAAAUAUACAGUAUAUACAGUACCAGUCAAAGGUUUGAACAUAUUCUCAUUUAAAUGUUUUUUUUUACUACAUUGAAGAUUAAUUAUUGAAGGCAUCAAUACUAUUGUAACCCUGCAGUGUUACUUGAAGUAUUUAAAGAGAAACAACCGAGACAAUAGUGCAAAAUAGUCCACUUUACUCAGAAUUUAGAAUAAACUCCCUCCUGCACUCGCAGGCUCUCUUUCUCUCUCUCCCAAAGCAACUCUGCCUCUACACUAAGGUAACCCCCAGGGGACAAAAAGCAUUGGCACCUCUCCCAAUCAGUUUUUCCCACAACAUAAUAAAGUCUGCUACACUAUGACACAAUGCAUAUGUAAUUAUAAAGUGAACAAAAAUGUGUUAAACAAGCCAAAAUAUGUUUUAUACUUUAGAUUCUUCAAAGUAGCUCCUUUGGCUUUGAUGCCAACUUUGCCCCACCCUUAGCAUUCAUUCUCUUAGUCAGUUUCAUAAAGUAGAACCUGGAAAGGUUCUCCAACUAUCUUAGUUCUAGAGGUGCUGAGCUCUUGUUAACUGCUUUUCUUUCACUCUGAGCUCCAGCUCAUCCCAAACCACCUGUGUUCAGUUUUUAUGUCAGGCCAAAACCUUAUCUGUCUUUAAUAUUAAUCUUUAAAAUUAAUGUACAAUGUAGUAAAUAAUCCAAAUAUAGACAAACAUAUUGAUGAGAAUGUGUGUACAAACAUUUGACUAUACAGUGUUCUGUACAUUUAUAUUGACUUAUUAUUUAAUUGCAGGCAGUUUUAUCUUGUCAACUUAUUUUCGUUUUUUUAAUAAACAACCAUUUCUGCAUUUCAGGCCUGAAACACAAUCCAAAAUAAUAUAUUGGAAUGGUUAAGCAUUUACCACUUUGCCAUUUCCUUUUACAUCAUCAAAAUGAUACAACAUGCACCAUCUGACACAAUACACAUUUUCAUAGCGUGAUGGUCCUCCCAGAAACCUCUGAGCCCAGAGAUGUUGAUGCCAUAUCUGCACAUGUUUAACACAAGCCUUCUGAUUUGCACAGUUUUAAGUUUUAUGUGCUCAGACAAAACAUGAAAUAUCCUGGGUUUACGCUGUCUGUAAUGAAGUAAAAGUCAAAGUAAUUGUUUUUAAAUUGCAUUUUUUGUGUUGUCCCACCUCUUUCUGACUUUAGGUUGUACCUGCAAUGUGAAGUUAGGAAGAAAUCUCUUACCACUCUCAUCUCUCAUACGUCAGAUGUUCCAAAUACUGCACAUUUACUAACCCAAACCUAGUCGUUGAGUUUACACUGUGACAAUCAUGUGUCUCCCUUAAACUGAAUGUGCUUCCUUUCACUUUAGUAAACCAGUCUUCCACUUCUGAUCUCCUCUCACGCUCGCAGUCUCUGAUCCCUUUACCUUUUUUUCUACUUUCUGAUUCUGAUUACAGAGUUUGUCUCAGAGGUGUACGCAUCCUGUUGUUUUUGUCAGUAUUGCUCUCUUAUUUCUGCCAUAUGUUUCCCUUUUUUAUUUUCACAUGUUACACGGACUACACAGCACUACUGUCCACCUCUCGCUCACAUCCACACUGUUCUACAAGCAGCUCUUGCUUUUGUGUUACAGAUAAAUAAACGAAAGGGAAACAUUAAAAAAAGAAUAAUAAUGUGAGGUCCAGAUUGAUUGUUCUAUGGCAUGUUGUUUUAAAUCCAUGUUGCUUGUUUGGUCUAGUCACAUGUAUGGGGUAUACUGUAUUUAUUGCACUUUUAAAUGCAGAAUGAACUGUGUAAAAAGGGUCUGGCCUCCAUUUUGCAGAACACUUUUGUUGCCAGGAGGAUGAUCUUUAUGACAUUUAUGACAUUUUCUUCAUGACCAAGAAAAAACGGAACAGACAGUGAAUUUAGUCACUCAUUCAUUUCAUAAUUGAAUUUUCUUUGCUUAAGAGAACAGUUCAUUGUGUAAAGAGGGAGAUCCAGUGACACAGUGUCUGUGGCUUUUGUUAUACAUAGAUGUGCAAAGCUUUGAGUUUGAUUCUAUCAUAUUUUCUAUGAUCAUAUUGCUGUACAGUCUGUGUAUGGUCUGGAUUAUAUUAAAAGAACACUGAAGAAGCUUCUUCUUUAAUAUUA